CGCUCGACGACACACACGAUGAGAACGACCACAUCGGCGCUGGCGAGCGCGGCCCUGCUCUCCCUGGCCGCGACGGCGCGCGCCGCGACGACCCUCACCGCGUCUAUCACCAGCGCGUCCUCGGGCGUGCCCUCCAUAACGAUCAGCACGGCCAUCGCGAGCGCGACCGCCCCGCUCUCGAGCGCGAUCCCCUCUCAGGCCGCGCUCCCGCCCACCCAGGCGUGGUGCCCCAGCUCCAUCUUCUGCGCCGGAGAGCUCCUCCAAGCGCUCAACCUCGCCGGCCUCUUCUCCGACCCCAAAACGAUCGUCGACAAGCCGACCUCCAAACCGCCGCAAUCCGUCCUCUCCGACUUCUCCUCCCUCACCGGCUCCUCCUCCUCCCCGCCCUCCAACCUCACCGAAGGCUCCGUCCUCUCCUUCGUCGACUCCGACUUCUCCGGCGAGGGGCUCGAGCUCCAGGCCGUCUCCCUCCCGCAGUUCACCGCCUCCCCCAAGUUCCUGGACAACGUGACGGACCCGCUCGCGAAGGCGUUCGCGCAGACGGUGCACGGCUUCUGGACGCAGCUCGCGCGCGACACGAACGCGACCGCGGUAUGCGACGGCGUCAAAUGCGCGAGCUCGCUCAUCCCGCUCAACCACACCUUCGUCGUCCCCGGCGGGCGCUUCCGCGAGCAAUAUUACUGGGACAGCUACUGGAUCGUCCAAGGCCUGCUCCAGAGCGAGCUCUUCCAGACCGCCAACGCGACGCUGCAGAACUUUAUGGACGAGCUCGAGCGCUUCGGCUUCAUCCCGAACGGCGGGCGCAUAUACUACCUCAACCGAUCUCAACCGCCCCUCUUCAUCAACAUGGUCGCGAACUACGUCGCAGCGACGAACGACACCUCGAUCCUGGACCGUGCGCUUCCGCUGGCCGAGACCGAGCUCGCGUGGUGGGCCACGAACCGCACGACGAACAUCACCUCGCCCUUCACGAACAAGACGUACGCCAUGGCGCGCUACAGCGUGAACAACACCGCGCCCCGGCCCGAGUCCUACCUCCAAGACUACCAGACGGUGCACGACCCGACGCAGCCUCCGCUUUCGUCGGACGAGCAAGCCGCGCUCUACGCCGAGCUCGCGUCCGGCGCCGAGACGGGCUGGGAUUACUCGACCCGCUGGAUGAAGGACCCGAGCGUCGGCUUGCGCUCGCUCAACGUCCGCAGCAUCGUCCCCGUCGACCUGAACUCCAUCCUGUACGCCGCGCGCACGAACCUCGCCGCGCUCUACGCCAAAGCCGGCAAACCCUCCUCCUCGGGCGCGAAGCAGCACCUCGCCGCCGCCGCGCAGAUCCGGGCGGGCGUGCUCGACCUCUUCUGGGACCGAACCAAGGCGGCGUUCUACGACUUCAACGCGACCGCCGGCGCGCGGAACGACCGCUGGACGGCGGCGACGUUCUACCCGCUCUGGGCCGGGAUCGUGCCGGACGAGGUGCUGAACGGGACGCGGAGCGCGUUCGAGCUGUUCGCGGCCGUGCACCUCGUUAUGACGCGGUAUAACGGGACCGUGCCCGUGACGUUCACCGUCAGCGGGCAGCAGUGGGACGCGCCGAACGCCUGGCCGCCGCACCAGUACAUCGCGCUCGAAGCGCUCAACGCGCUCCCGGCGAACCUCACCUCGGGCGCGAUCCCGACGCCGUCCCAGGGCGCGUCGACGUACGCGCUCGUGCCCGCCGGCCAGAUCGACGUGCCCGAGGCGAGCCUGCCGCCGCAGACGAUCGCGGGCCAGGCGAGGAACGCGAGCACGACGGGCGCGCAGGCGGACGUGAACCUGAGGAACGGGACCGUGCUCAACGGCGGGAACGCGACCGCGGGCGAGGGCUGGCGCGACCGGCUCGGGAGGGAGCUCGCGAACAGGUAUUUCGCGAGCGUGCUGUGUAGCUGGCAUGCGACGGGAGGCCAGAUCCCGAACUUGUUGCCGAGGCUGUCUGACAAAGAGCUGAACGUCACCCAGAGCCAGAAUAACACGGGCAACAUGUUCGAGAAGUUCUCGAAUACCGAUAUAGACUCUGCGGGUCGUGGGGGUGAAUACACGGUGCAGGCCGGCUUCGGAUGGACGAACGGCGUGCUGCUCUGGGUCGCGGCGAACUACGGCGAUGUGCUCGUGCAGCCGACCUGCCCGGAUCUUAUCUUGAGCGCGGAGGCGGGCACGUCGACCGCGACUUCGCCCAGCGGGAGCUCGACGGGGAAGAAGAGCGCUGCUGAGGCUGCUACCCCGUUGGGAGGCGCCAAGUGGGCCGCGAUGGUGCUCGCGGGGUUGAUUGCUGGUGUCGCGGCGGUCGUGGCUUAAGCUUCUGCGACGUGUCUUUCUUCUUGGGAUGAAAGGAAAAAACAACGGUACCCUUUGCGUCAUGGUCUGAACCUUUCGAUGUAAACCGGGAGCAAAACCGGAGAUGAAAAUAGGGACACGAUGAGCGGUUGUGCUUAGUCUGAUGGCUUGUUGUAGCCCUGUAUGUAGCCUGAACGGGAAAGAUGGC